CCCGCACCCAGACAGCAGCCUUGAGAGCAAUGACUGCUGCUAGACAUCCUGUGUUUUCAGCAUCGUCACGUUACGAGACACGGUCCGUGAUGACGCAGACAACAGGCUUCGGCAGAAACGCAGGUACACAAGCAUGUAUACCAUCGAGGAACAAGAAAGUGCAGACGGAGCUUUCUGGAAUUAUGCCGCAGACCUCUUCCUCGUCAAACUGUGGUGAUCCAGAACAGAGUUCUGAUUCAGAAGACCUGGGUGUAUCAGGGAAGCAGCCACUGGAAAGAGAUGACCCUACGUAUUGUCCACCAGAGGACAGCUCUGUUAGGCUUGAGAGGGAAACACCAUCUUUGGUAAAGGAGAGGAAAUUCAUUGUAUUCGAGUCUUGCCUUGACCUUCUCCUGGGGAAGUGCCAAGUAUGUGCUGCUCCCCUGAUCCACGUGGACAAGAGUGUCGUUGGCUUGGACAUGUGA